AGUAACCGAGCGAAGUUUUAUUUCAUUCGCGUAUUCGAUACAUCGCAGUGAUGGCGGCGUAGCAAUAAGACGAGAGUGUAUUGAAAAGUAUUAGAGAUUCCGAGACUUGACUGUGCGCGAAAAAAGAGAUCCGAAAUCGUGAAACGGCCAGCGGAAGUUAAUUUUUUUCCCCGGGAAACCGAUUGGAGCCAUUUCCGAUUCGUUUGGUGCCGUCGAACCGGAAGCAACAGCGCACUAUCGGACUUGAGAAAAGCUAGAAAGAAAAUUUUUCUGGGCAGCCUUUCGUCGCUCGCUCCUCCAACAUUACUCUUCUACUACAACUAGGCGUACGCACACAUACACAGCAGAAGCAAGAGGAGAGAAGAAGACGACGAAGAAAAGAGGGGCUGCUGCAAUUUUUGUUGUACCCCAAUUUUUUGCGUUUUCUACUUUAUUUCUACGCUCAUUUUUUUGAUAAGAAGGACUAGUGGGCAAAGUGCUGACUAGUGCUUUCGAUCGCGGACGAUUCAAUCGCUUCCGACGAUCCGUGUGUUUGGUAGAAAGGUGUCCUCUUCCCAAGGGGCCCUCUCGAAGCGAGGGUCCGCCGUACUGAGAAAAGAGUAUCAACUGGGGGCAGCAAGCAGUAGAAGCAGGAAAAAGAAACGGGAACCUUUCAGUGUGUGCAUUAAAUGGUAAUGCAUGCCAGGAAACCGCAGCGUUUAGUAAAUGAUGGGUACCACCAAUCCCAUCAAUAUCAGAACUCUAAGUACACCUCCUCCAAGAGGGACUACGAACGAGAGGCUAGCCGAUCGGGGGGCUAUGGACGCGAUCGGGAUAAUUCUCCGGCAGGAAGCUCGCUAAAUAAUGGCAAUUACAAAUCAAUCUCACCAGACUUGGACUCACCGAGGGAUCGCGAUCGUGAUCGAAACCGCGAUCACGAUCGAGACAGGGAUCGCGAUCGAGGCAGCGACCGGUAUCAAUACGGAAUGAGUAAGAUGCGAGAUAAGGACCGGGAUCGCGAUUAUAAGAAGGACAAAUAUUCAGAUUCCCUACGAUCACCGAAGGAAAAACGAAGUCGCAGCGAUCGGGAUACAGACCAUCGAUCGAAUCACGACCGGCGGUUAAAGUUGUCCGUAUCGGAGAAGCGCGGUGGCUCGAGCUCGAAUUCGGACGAUCGCGAACGGGACCGGGAACGGGAGCGUAGCGAGCGUGAACGCGAACGGGAACGGGACCGUGAUCGAUUACGAGAUCGCGAUCGCGAUCGUGGUGGUGGCGGCGGUGGCGGCGGCGGAGGCGGUGGUGGUGGAGGCGGAGGGGGUGGUGGAAGCGGAAGUGGAGGUAGUGGCGGCGGUGUAGGUGGCAGUGGUGGUGGCAUAGGUGGCGAUCGGGUUAGUCGCAUUGGUGAUUGGAGUGAACAUGUCAGUUCAUCUGGGAAAAAGUAUUACUACAACUGUAAAACGGAGGUGUCCCAGUGGGAGAAACCGCGGGAAUGGAUCGAUAAAGAAAGAAUCAUGUCCAAGGACCAACAUAGAGAGUAUCGAGACAAAGAUCGCGAUCGGGACCGGGACCGAAAUGAUCGCGAUCGUGAUGAUCGGUACUCGUCCUCUGCCGGCAGCCGGUCAACGUCGUAUGGCAAGCAUUCCAGCAGUAAAAGCAGUAAUUCGAGGAUAAGGUGGCCAGCACACGAGUUGCACAGGCGGAGGCAUGAUGAAAACCAAGACAUGGACAUCAGCCCCGGCGAUUCAACGCCAACAUCGGAGGCAAACUAUUCCCACUCGAGUACUCCAACCAACCAACAGGGACACGGCAUUAACAGUAAUAAUGCGGCCAAUAACGAUGGCAACAAUGCCGGGACGGGACUGAUGGCAAAUCAGCUGCCCCGCUUGUUAUCGAACCCUAUGUCAACGCAAAGUGGUAUUGCUAUGCCACCCCAUUCACAAUCACAAUCCUCAUCCAGCUAUUCGGCAACGGUGUCCACUUCAUCUCCAUCCGUACUGCAACAGCAACAACAGCAGCAACAGCAACCGCACAUGCUUGUUGGUCCCAGUGGCGACCCUAUGCUGAGCUCGAAUACUCCUGGUCCGCCAGGAUCACAGCAGCAUCAUCAUCAUCAUCAUCAUCAACAGCAAUGCCAACAGCAGCUACAGCAACAUCAACAACAGCAGCAGCAGCAACAGCUAGGCCAGUCACCACAUUCAUCUGCAAAUGCAUCUGCCACUAGCUCGAACGUGUCGUCGUCGUUAGCCGGGCUGCCGAAAAUCCUUUCACAAAUCACCGGCAACAAGACGAUAGAACACAACGAACUGAACCCGCAGAAGGCUCUGCAGACCAUCAACAAUGCACUGAUGAUGCAGUCGAGGCAAAAUCCGAACGGACCUGCGUCCGGAUCGUCGAUGGUGGAUGGCAGCGGGGGAGCGAAUAGUUUAAGGGAACACGCACUGAAUUCACCGUUGUAUAAUGUUUCCAACCUGUCGCAUCCUUCGACGCCGAUGUCGUGCGGUGGCAGUGGGCUGCAUAAUCACAGCAACCAUCAGUCCAACAAUCUGAACUCGUCCACCUCGGCGGCGAACCUGAGCGGGGGCAGCAAUAGCAGUCAGCUACUCAGCGGGGAUGGUCCUCCCACGCCCACCCAAGAGAUGGACCUGGUGUUACCGGAUCAUCGGAAGAUGGAAGGUACGAGCACGACUACGACAAGUGCCGUGAGCAGUCUGCAGGGAGUGAUGACCUCGUCCCAGAGUGGCCGAUCUCAAGGACCGAAUCUGACGCCCAGUUUAGCAAAGUACUUCCGUGCCGAUUUGAUAUCCCACGUGACGGGAUGGCCGUCGGAAAUACUGGAAAAGACGCUGGCUUGUGCGGCUGUAUUCUUUUCUCCGUUUCAGGUCCAGAAAAUGUCGGAGGAGGCCCACAUUCUCGGUGAUCUACAGUGCAGCAAAGUAUCGGCAGAUUUAAAAUGUGCUAGGAGUGUAGUUAGAAUAACGGAAAUCACGGCGACGCUGCAAGAACAGAAAAUCAUGUAUCUACGGCAACAAAUUCGUAGACUAGAAGAGCUAAAGUCGGAAAACUCUUUUAUGUCCGAUGAUCUAUAGCGCUAUUAAAUAAAAAGUUAAAUUUAUAUAAAAAAAUAUAGAAAGCCCUGCAAAAAAAAUAAACUAGGAAUCAUCCUUUCUUUUUAAAGGAAGAUCAAAGAAGAAAAUUUAAAAAAAUACCUAACUGGGAUGCAUGUUAUACACUGCAAUACAAAACUGAUUGAUACAAAGCUAAAACAUCAACAACAAAUUAACAGUCGGACAAACAUAAACACAUCCAUGUAUAAAAAAUGUAGAAGGGAUUUUUUAGAAACAACCCUGCUCGGAUAUCCGCGAGUCGACAGAAGGAUGCAAGGAGAAAGAAGCUGAAUCACAUAAGCAUACAUUCAUCAUGAUAGCCUCCCCCCAUUCACACACACACAUACACUAAUAAAUUGCGCAGAGAGAUUCACACACACACUUUUACACAUAACCGUUGGGAAUUUCUAGGAUGACUGAAGAUAUAAAGCAAAUCGUACGAAUCAUCAAAGGAUAUGAUUUUAAACUGUUAUUAUUAUUAUAUUUAUAUGAAAGAUAAAAUGGAAGGUCAAGUUUAUGUUCUCUUUUCUCAAAAAAAAAUGUAACCUAUCAGAUAUUUGAUCAAAACUUGUUUAAUGUUUUCUAAAAAAAAAUCAAAUAAAAAUAUUGCACCCGAUGUUGAAAAAAAAAAAUCAUUCAGUAGCAUAUAUUGAAAAAUAGUUAUAAUCAGCCCCCGCAUCUCCCCAUCUGUCUCUAUACGAACUGCAUUCAUGCCGGGAAGAGGACGUCGUCGGCAAUAUCUCUACAAUACUACUACACACUUUUAUAGGGCCUCACACGGAUGACGGUGAAAGGCACUCUUCCGCGAACUGUUUAGGUAAACAAAAAAAAAGAAUAAAGAGGAUACAUGCAACAAAAAAGAAGAAGAAACAAGUUGAAAAUGAAACUGAUACACGUUAGAAGCACUUUCUAGAGAAAAAACAAGUAAAAUACAAAAAAUGCUAAAAAGUAGUCUAAUAUUCAUGUAUAUUUCAUUACUCUAUAAGUUACUAUUAAGACAAAGUAAAAGCGUAAAAUCAAUUAAAUAAACAAAAGUUGACAAAUGAUUGAAAAAAAAACAUCAGAGCAACGCGAAGAGAACACAGUUUUUAAGCAGCGCUUGACGUACGUUCAAUUCGUCGUCGUUGGAGCAGAUGUAACUUUUUUUUUCUGAAUAACCUUGGUAAUCUUGCAUGCAGAUAAAACUAAACAAACAAAAAUAUCGGGAAAUCAAAGUAAUCUAACUUAACGAAAUGUACUAAAAGUAGAGAAUCAUAACUGUGAAUACAAAAAAAAAAACGGCGGAAGAUAGACCGACCAAGACGGACGAGACUGACGAACGGACGAACGCGGACGGAAAGCAGCAAAAUUGAAACAUCUGGAUCCAUCUCUUUGAUAUAACGACAGAAAACAAGAAUCGAUAACAAAAGAAAGAAAAACAUGAAAAAUAAGUCAUAGGGAAAAUAGUAAAGUUUAGUAAUAUGAAAUAAUACAACAAAGUAUAUUUAAAUCAAA